AAGAAGAUGCUAAGCCAGUGCCUUCUGUCAUGCUUCAAGAGUUUUAGAAGGCUUAGAAGCCAUAGAGGAAGGUGAAUGUACUAUGCUUGUGAGCUAUACAAGAUGUACAAAGUACUGUUUUCUUACUAGUAUAAGGUUAGAACUUCAAGCUACCACUCUUGCUUGGAUGGUGAUGCGGUUCUAAAAGAAAUCCUAAGAAGAAUCAGCAAAAAUGGGUGAGGUAAAUAAAGAUGAUGUUGAAAAAUACUUGGAGAACAACCCCCAGUUUGCCAAGGAGUAUUUCGACCGAAAAUUGAGGGCAGAAGUGCUGGGAAGUAUCUUUAAAGUGAGCGCUGGAGAUGUGAAGGAAGGAGUCAGCUUCAAAGACAUGUCCCGUCUGGAGGAAUGUAACAUACUUUUUGAGCUGCUAACAGAAAUCCAAGAUGAAGCAGGCACUAUGGAAAAGAUUGUGCACAAGGCCCUGCAGAGGUUGGCACAGCUGCUGGCAGCUGAUCGGUGUAGUAUGUUUAUUUGUCGUGCCCGAAAUGGUAUUCCAGAGGUAGCAACCAGGCUUCUUGAUGUCACUCCAACUUCCAGCUAUGAGCAGAAUUUGGUGAAUCCAGACAACGAGACUGUUUUUCCUUUGGAUAUCGGGAUAGCGGGAUGGGUUGCUCAUACCAAGAAGUUUUUUAAUAUACCUGAUGUAAAAAAGAACAACCAUUUUUCUGACUUUAUGGACAAAAAAACUGGUUAUACAACACUCAGUAUGAUGGCAACCCCAAUUGUGCAGGGUAAAGAGGUGCUCGCUGUUGUGAUGGCACUCAACAAAGUAAAUGCCACUGAGUUCUCAAAAGAGGAUGAAGAGGUGUUUAAAAAAUACCUCAGUUUUAUAUCUUUGGCCCUAAGACACCAUCAUACUGCGUACCUCUACAACAUUGAAUCCCGAAGAAGUCAGAUGCUCUUGUGGUCUGCCAACAAAGUAUUUGAAGAGUUAACAGAUAUAGAGCGGCAGUUUCACAAAGCACUGUAUACUAUUCGAAUGUAUUUGAAUUGUGAAAGAUAUUCUGUCGGUCUGCUGGACAUGACUAAAGAGAAGGAGUUCUACGAUGAGUGGCCAAUCCGGCUAGGGGAGGCAGAGCCUUACAAAGGCCCCAAGACACCAGAUGGACGAGAAGUCAACUUUUAUAAGAUUAUUGACUACAUUUUACAUGGAAAAGAAGAAAUCAAAGUCAUUCCGUCACCUCCAGCAGAUCACUGGUGUCUUGUCAGUGGACUGCCAACCUAUGUUGCAGAAAAUGGAUUUAUUUGUAACAUGAUGAAUGCACCAGCAGAUGAAUAUUUCGCAUUUCAGAAAGGAGCAGUGGAUGAGACUGGAUGGGUUAUAAAAAAUGUCCUGUCAUUGCCUAUUGUCAACAAAAAAGAAGAAAUUGUGGGAGUUGCAACAUUUUACAAUAGGAAAGAUGGAAAACCUUUUGACGAGUAUGACGAACAGAUCAUUGAAACUCUUACACAGUUCCUGGGGUGGUCUGUUUUAAAUACUGACACAUAUGACAAAAUGAACAAGCUUGAAAACAGGAAAGACAUUGCUCAGGAAAUGCUCAUGUACCAAACAAAGGCCACUCCUGCCGAAGUUGAAUCUAUACUGAAAUACAAGGAGAAAUUAAAUGUAAAUAAUAUAGAAGAAUGUGAGCAAAAGGAUCUUAUCAGGAUUUUGAAGGAAGAAUUACCUGAUCCAAAAGAUUUAGAACUGUAUGAAUUCCGCUUCAGUGACUUUCCUGUUACAGAGCACGGCCUGAUAACUUGUGGAAUACGACUGUUCUUCGAGAUAAAUGUUGUUGAAAAGUUCAAAGUCCCAGCUGAGGUCCUUACAAGAUGGAUGUACACAGUCAGGAAGGGUUAUCGAGAUAUCACUUACCAUAACUGGCGACAUGGCUUCAACGUGGGACAAACAAUGUUUACUCUGCUGAUGACAGGCAAAAUAAAGAAAUACUAUACUGAUCUAGAAGCCUUUGCCAUGGUUGCUGCUGCUUUCUGCCAUGACAUUGAUCACAGAGGGACCAAUAACUUGUAUCAAAUGAAGUCAGCAGCUCCACUGGCAAAACUUCAUGGCUCUUCCAUUUUAGAAAGGCAUCACCUAGAGUACAGUAAAACCCUACUGCAAGAUGAGAGUUUAAACAUCUUCCAGAACCUAAAUAAGCGUCAAUUUGAAACUGUUCUACACUUAUUUGAAGUUGCAAUAAUAGCAACUGACUUGGCUUUGUAUUUCAAGAAACGAACUAUGUUUCAAAAGAUUGUGGAUGCAAUUGAAAAAAUGGAAACAGAAGAGGAGGCAAUUAAAUAUAUAUCUAUCGACCCAACCAAAAAAGAAGUCAUCAUGGCUAUGAUGAUGACUGGAUGUGACCUGUCUGCUAUAACCAAGCCUUGGGAAGUGCAAAGUAAGGUUGCCCUCAUGGUUGCAAAUGAAUUCUGGGAGCAAGGUGACCUGGAACGAACUGUGCUACAGCAACAACCAAUUCCUAUGAUGGACAGAAACAAAGGAGAUGAACUUCCUAAGCUCCAAGUUGGUUUCAUAGAUUUUGUGUGUACGUUUGUGUACAAGGAAUUCUCAAGGUUUCACAAGGAAAUUACACCUAUGUUUGACGGUCUUCAAAACAACAGGGUUGAAUGGAAAACACGAGCUGAUGAAUAUGAAGAGAAGAUGAAAGUUAUUGAGGAACAAAAGAAAAAGGAAGAAGAAGAAGCUGCCAAAAAAGGUGGAAAGGGUCGAAAAUGACCUAAUAACAUGGUGAUCCACAGCUUUCAAAUCUGAAGGUGCAGCUGGAGGUGGUGGAAGUGCAGAGGACGGAAAAUCCAAAACAUGUACAAUUUUGUAAUUCUUUGUCUCAGACACUGUUUCUGCUACAGAAAAGGCACCUAGAAAGAACUUCAACAAGCCCCAGUGGA